AUGAAAUUAUGGCUGAAGGUUAUUCUGGAUGUCAAGUUAACUGAGGACUUUUUCUAUGACUUUGACCGAUUGCUUCCACUGUUGCACCGGGUCGAGUUUACGCUGGCUCCAUUUGCCGAGGAGGACGAAAUCAGCAGCUCCGAAGUCAUCCACAUCUUCCUCAACAACGCGGCCGGAGAGCGCACCGGCGAGUGUUUCAUCUUCCAAGUCGGCUCGUUCGUCACGUGGAAUGCCACCGACAAGCAGAUCGAGACAGUGCGGGGCAUUCUCGAAGAGGUCGAAAACCAGCCAUACGAGCGCAGCGUUGUGGACGACGAGUAUGAAGACAUGCGGUUUGACGAGGACAGUGAUCGGACGCACGUAAAGAACGACCUCAUCCUGUUCGACAAGACUGCCACACCGCACACACACAAGCUCGAAAAGUAUUCAGUUUCGAAUGGCAUGGCCUUGGCAGUCAAGCUGUCCAUGUGGGAGGACAUGCUGUCCGCUCAGAGCGAGGACAUUGCACGAGUGAUUGAGCAACUGCGCAGCGGCAAGGACUUUAAGAUGUCGGCGGAUGCAGCGCUUCAAAUCAACGGCGAGCUGCUCUACCUUCGGUAUCGUGUCAAUCUGAUUGGCGACUUUUUGACCGUCCCGGUCUUUUACUGGAAUCGCGAAGAGUUGGACACGUUGUACCGCUCGCUUGUUCGUGUGAUGGAUAUCCCACACCGCAUCACUGUGAUUAAUCGCCGAUUGGAUCACGCCCUGGAAAUUGCCGCGUUGUGUCGCAACCUGACGACCGAGGCCAAAGGCACCCGACUCGAGGUUAUCAUUAUCGUGCUCAUUGCCGUGGAGGUUGUAUUUGAGAUGAUUCAUCUGGUCAUCUGA